AUGGACCAUAAUUCCAUACUGGAUAAGCUGUCGGUUGCUACUGAAGCUAGGUUUGACUCAUUCUCCGAUCGAGAUGAGGUCCAAUGUUUCCAAGGUACUAGGAUCGAGCUCCUCCAGCAGAUAAUGGAAUGGGCUAUGUCGCCAUCCCAGAAGAGCAUAUUCUGGUUAAAUGGAAUGGCUUGGACAGGAAAAUCCACGAUAUCUCGGACUGUAGUAAGAUCGCCCGAGGACACUAAUCAUCUGGGUGCCAGCUUUUAUUUUAAGAGGGGCGAAGGGGACCGAGCAAAAGCGAAGAAGUUUUUCCCGACAUUAACGAGGCAGCUGAUCCUUAGGAUCUCUGAAUUGAGGUCUGGCGUGCAAAAAGCAUUCGAUCAAGACCCUGGCACUGCGUCAAAAUCACUCAAGGAGCAGUUUGAGAAACUACUUCUUCAACCGCUACUCAACCUUGACCAAUUCGUCCAACAAACUCGAACCACUGUGAUAGUGGUCAACGCUUUGGACGAAUGUGAGCAUAAUCCAGACGUCCGAAACAUAAUUAGAUUACUGCCUCUCUUACAGAAGGCAAAAGCACUUCGUCUCCACAUCUUCUUGACUAGCAGGCCUGAACCCUCAAUCCACCUCAGUUUUUCAAAGAUUAUGGACAAUGACUAUCAAGACUUAACUCUUGAUAAGAUACCUGAAGAAUUGACUGCACGGGAUAUACAAUUCUUCCUGAAGAACCAAUUCACGAAGAUCAACCGAGAUAGGAAUAUUACUACCAACUGGCCUGGCGAUGAUGUCAUCCAACAAUUGGUCACGAUGUCCGUUCCACUGUUCAUUUCAAUUGCCCCUGUAUGCCGCUAUAUCGCAAAUUCUAGGUGGGAACCUAGAUCGCGCCUUGAAGAACUUCUAACGGACCAAGCCAAAUAUGUAUCGAGAAUGGAUAAGACAUACGUAGUUCUGACGCAAUUAUUGGAUGAUCAGGAUAACGAUGAGCCAGAGCAGCAACAGCUCCUGCAAGAGUUCCAGAAAAUAAUCGGUGUCAUCAUUCUUCUUGCUACUCCGCUUUCAGUGAAUGCGCUGUCAGCUUUGCUUGGUAUGGGAGCUGAAAAGAUCAGCAAUCGGCUGAAUUUCUUCCGAUCGGUUCUGAAUAUUUCCGAUAACCAGGAUCAGCCUACCGGAUUCUACAUUUGUCGUUUCGAGACUUUU